GGUCCUAUCACAGUUACAUCAGAUGUUCAGUAUAUUCAGGCAAAAAAUUUUCAUAGCCCACUGGCGGGAAGAAACAAAGCGGAGGAUUCAAGUUCGAGAAACUGAGAUGGUAUUAGAACAUGAAAUGCAAUUGAAAACAUAUAGACACAUGUUAAAAUCCAGGAGAACUGAUGGAUCAGACUCUACAGACAGUUCAUCUGAACUCCUCAGUCUAGCAUUUGAUAUCUCAUUAUUGCCUGAAAGAGCAAUAUUACAGAUUUUCUUGUACCUUAGUUUCAACGAUAUGUUGGCAUGUGGUCAAGUUAGCCACUCCUGGAUGUCAAUGACACAAAUAAGUGCAAUGUGGACUGCUGUAGAUUUUUCUACAUCAAAAACCAUCUCAGAGAAAUGCAUAGUGUUUACUUUGCAAAAGUGGCGUAUAAAUGUGCUACAUUUGAAUUUUCGUGGGUUUUCCUUCCAAGCAAAAACAAUGAGAGCUGUCAGCCACUGUAAAAACUUGCAAGAGCUGAAUGUCUCUGACUGUCCAUCCCUCACUGAUGAGUCAAUGAAAUACAUUUCUGAGGGCUGCCCUGGGAUUCUAUAUCUUAAUUUAUCAAACACAACUAUCACCAACAAGACGAUGCGACUCCUGUCCAGAAACUUCCAAAACUUACAGAAUCUCAGCUUGGCUUAUUGCCGAAAGUUCACGGACAAAGGCUUACAGUACCUGGGCUUAGGGAACGGAUGCCACAAGCUCAUCUAUCUGGACCUUUCAGGCUGCAUCCAGAUUUCAGUACAAGGCUUCCGGAACAUUGCAGAAAGCUGCAGUGGAAUUAUGCACCUGAUCAUCCAUGACAUGCCAACUCUGACUGACCGCUGUGUAAAAGUUUUGGUUGAGAAGUGCUUGUGUAUCACAUCAGUGGUUUUCAUUGGGUCGCCACAUAUUUCUGAUUGUACCUUUAAAGAGCUUUCAACUUGCCCUCUCCAAAAGAUCCGGUGUGAAGGAAACAGAAUGAUUACUGAUGCAUGCUUCAAAAAUAUAGAUAGGAAUCAUCCCAACAUCACUCAUAUUUACAUGGUGGACUGCCAGGGAAUAACAGACGGUGGUCUCAAGUCACUGUCACUCCUGAAGCAACUGACUGUGUUAAAUCUGGCAAAUUGUGUAAGAAUUGGUGAUGUGGGACUACAGAAGUUUCUUGAUGGCCCCUCCAGCACCAAGAUAAGAGAACUCAACCUAAGUAACUGUGUGCUCCUGGGUGAUGCCUCGAUUGUGAAACUGGCAGAGCGCUGCCCUAAUUUAAACUACUUGAGUUUACGAAAUUGUGAUCAUUUGACUGACCAAGGACUUGAGUACCUUGUGAACAUCUUUUCUUUGAUAUCAAUAGAUAUUUCUGGAACAGUCAUCUGUAAUGAGGGUUUGUCAAUACUUUCCAAACAUAAAAGACUGAAGGAGCUUUCCAUAUCUGCGUGUUAUAAGAUCACUGAUGUGGGAAUUCAGGGAUUCUGUAAAAAGGCACCAUUCUUGGAGCACCUGGAUGUUUCUCAUUGUGCCGAGCUGACGGAUGACAUUAUGAAAACAGUGGCCAUUUACUGUGCUCAGCUCACUUCUCUCAACAUUGCAGGCUGUCCCAAGAUUACUGACAUGGGGAUGGAGAUAUUAUCGGCAAAAUGCCAUUAUCUGCACAUUUUGGAUAUCUCUGGUUGUGUCCUGCUUACUGACCAAACCCUUCAGGACCUUCAGAUAGGCUGCAGCCAACUCCGGAUCCUUAAGAUGAAAUACUGCAGUCACAUCUCCAUGAGGGAAGCUCAAAGAAUGUCCUCUAAAGUUCAACAGCAGGAAUACAGCUCUAGCGACCCUCCUCGUUGGUUUGGAUAUGACAGCAACGGCAAGCCUCUUAGAAGCCGUCAUGGCAGCCUACAACUCAAGGGCCACUGUGAUAUGAAAGUCAGAGAGUCAUACAGCAGUGAAGACGAAACAAUGUGACUUUCCGUUUCCAUUAUAAAAACAAAAAACCUAGAACUUGGCAACUUUUCAUUUGAUUUCACUGGCCUGGUCUCAAUGUAAACAAGUGGCAUCACAUUUGCUGCUCUUAUUUCAAAUACCAAUAUCUCUAUACAUAUAAUUAAUUCUGAUAAUUGUGAUCCCUAAACUUCAACCCAAUAGUUGUGAUGAGAUGAUCAACUCUAAGGUUAUAGUUAGAGGAAACAACCCUGAGAUGUGCCUUUUUUUUUCUCUUUGAGAAGGAAUUGGUUUCUUUCUAGACAGGAAAAGAAGUCAAAGUUUGAACCACACUUUAAGGAUGUGUGAGGCUUUAUUAUAAAAGACAUAGACAUACAUUUUUAUUUAUUUAUUUUCUUAUUGUUUGUGGGGCUUGAACUCAGGACCUGGGAGCUGUCUCUGAGAUUUUUUUGCUUUG